GGGGCGUUGUUUGGCUGCACUAGCGGCUGUUGGCCCUUAGGCGGUUCUGCGUUUGCAGCUUGCAGGAGGAUCUCGGAGACUUUGCUGAGCGCUAGUAGCUGUUGAGGCUCGUUUCGCCCCUAAUCGCUCGCUCGCUCUCCGUUGCGGGGAUGUUAUACAGGAGUCGGGACAACGAGUUGCGCUUUUCAGCAGCCGCCGAGACUGAACAGUGGGCUUUUUCUUUCUGCGCAGCUCUCAGAGGGACCAGUAUGCCUUAAAAAAGUCGCCGGGUUAGGGGGCAGGGAGCGAAAGAACGGCGCAUGGGAGGGAGGCACCAUGAGUUCAGCCGAAAUUAAGAAGCCACCAGUGGCCCCAAAACCAAAAUUUGUGGUCGGACAUAAAGUAGUGCCACCUCCUGUGGCACCUAAACCAGAUGUUGCCCUUGCAGAUGUUUUACAACCUACAAAGAAAACAAAACCAGAAAUAGCGCCAAAACCAAAGGUUCUCAAGUGCUCAUCUGUUCCCGAGGUUAAAACUGCACCACCAUCUUUAAGGAAAAAUUCAGAGAGUCUCGAAAAACACAAAAGAGACUCUUCUGAAUACUUGGUUCACUGGAAUUACAAAAAUGGAACACCAAGUGAGAAUACUGCUUAUAUUAUAUCAGUGUGUUCAUGCAAUUUUGAAUGCAUUCAUAAAUUUGGGAAUAGGGAGAAUACGUGCAAAAAUCCAACCAUUUUUGAGCAAUUGGAAAACUUAGAGAACAUUGAUAUAGCUGAACAACCAGCAUCAUCUCUGAAAUCUAGAACAAUACUUGAUAGCCAUAAUGGGAAAAGUAUAAAUAAAAAUAGGGUGGUUCUAAAGGCUAAUUUUUUAGAGGAAAAACUCAAAGACGUUCUAACACAAAGUGUUUGCCCCAAUAGCAGCAGUUUGAAGCAGACACCUUUAAAGAAACUUGAAAAAGGUAACAUGAACAAUUAUAAGAAUGACAUUAAAAUAGAGUUUACAGACCUUGUUCCACCAUCGUCCACUCUGGAAGAAAUUAUGGGCAAUUCAAACAACCAUAACAAAAUAGUUGGGAUUGAGUCUGAAAUGUCAGAAACGCCUCUUCUGGCUGAAAAGAUCAACAGUUGUUCUUGUUCACCUGACCCAGCACCUUUGGAAAAAGUCAGUACUAGUGAUUUUCAUACAGGCACCUACACAAAAGGGGGCGAUGAAUCGUUAUCUUCAUUUAGAGCAGGCUCUACACCAUCCACUAAAUCUCUCCCAGUUCCCAAACCAAGAAAGCUCUGUGCUGCUCCAUGUCUAGUCCGGCAAGAUGGCAUAGAUAUCCCAGGAGAAGAAAUGAAAGAACUACUUGCUUCAGACUGUGAUUCUGUUGGACUUUCUGAGUGUGCUGUUAGAAAAAUAGCAAAAAUUAAUGUUCUUGUUCAAAGUGUUUCCUAUAACAAUCAAGAACUUACACAUACAGUUGAUAAAUCGGAGGGUGCUUCAUAUGUUGCUGGAAAAAUGCACCAGGCAGCAGAAUCUGCUGAUUCUGAAGACCUAAUCCCACAAAAUGCCUUGCCUGAGGUUCUACAUGAAAGCUCUCGCCUAGUAGAAAAUGCUGAGCAUUCUUUGGACCUUAACUCAAUAAUUCCUGCCAAUAACAUAGUGGAUGAUACCUGUAUGUUAGCUGUGAAUGACAAAAAGACUGGCUUCAUAAGGUGUAGUAAUCUUUCUAUGAGUUUGCCUAAGCAAUUGAAAUUAUCAUGCAAUCAGCAUUUGCCUGCCUUGGAGAGGGUGGAUGAUUCUGUACAACAGAAGGAAGACAAAGAUGCUCAGUUAAAAGCUGAAAGUUCAUUGAGAAUCAUUCCUAAAAAGCCUCAAAGGCAUAGCAUACCUGUAGCUGGACUGUUGAAAAAAGCUGCAUCAGAAGAACUUCUAGAGAGAAGGACUCGCCUUUCUAAUAAAGAGGAGAGACCUUAUAUAAGGGAUUUGUCAGUCAAAGAACAAAGUGCAUUGCUUUCCUGUGAUACUCCAAAAUCAUAUUUGGAGAAACCUGUUUGGAAAUUACCUCAUCCUAUUCUUCCAUUUUCAGGCAAUUCGGAAGCCUCAAAAAACACCAAGAAUACAAACUCUCACUUUACAAGUGCUGUGACAAAACCUCGAGCCAAAUCAUUGUCUUCUGUAGAUAUGGACAGAAUACACAAGCCCCCAAAAGAGCCUCAGAAGAAAAAAUCACUAAAGAAAUUCCUAAAUCUGAAACUGUCUGUUUGCAUAAUGAAAAGUGACUUCCAAAAUUUUUUUACCAGGCCUCUGGAUAAUAACACUGUUUCUUUUUCUGGCGGAGAAUGUCCUGGCAAAAACCCUAAAGUGACUAGUACAACAAAUGGAAAGAAAAUUAAACCCUCAAAGGCACAUUCUGCAGAAAUGGGCAUCCUAUCCUGGCAAAAGGGAAAGCAAAGAACCAGGGGUCAGGAUGAAUCAAAAAGCCAGAGAUCACAGUCUUUAGAUGAACAGACCUUCUCAUUGCAAGGACACUUGAGUUCUCUUACUCAUGACUACAUACCCGAAUAUGAAAAUGUGAGCCAUUAUGAAGAAAUCCCAGAGUAUGAAAAUUUUCCUUUUGCAUCAACCGAUAAAAACCUUUGUUUGGAAUGGCACAAUUCUAGCAGUGUUGAAGACCAUGAUGCUAAUGUAUAUGAAGUAGAAGACCUGUAUGAAGCUACACGGACCUGUUCAGAGUUUGGCAGGUCCUCUGUAGAAGUACUUGAUGGUUCUGAUUUGGUGUUGGAAGAUGUUCAUUCAGAUGAUGAGAUGAUACCAAGAGAUGUGAAUAGCUCUGAUGACGACGAUGAUACCAAUUCUGACUCUAGCAAAGGGGAGCUUGAUAUACAAGAAAAUAAGCAGAUUAAAGCAGCUGGGAAGAAAACAAAGGUUUACCAUAUUGCUAAAGAAAUAAUGAGCUCAGAGAAAGUGUUUGUAGAUGUACUGAAGCUCUUGCACAUUGAUUUCCGGGAUUCAGUGGCACAUGCUUCCAGGCAGCUUGGAAAGCCAGUAAUUGAAGACAGGAUUCUGAAUCAGAUCCUGUACUACCUACCUCAACUGUAUGAACUUAAUCGGGACCUCCUGAGAGAACUUGAAGAACGGCUGUCCCACUGGAUUGACCAUCACAGAAUCGCUGAUAUAUUUGUGAAAAAAGGACCGUACUUAAAGAUGUAUUCAACUUACAUCAAAGAAUUUGAUAGGAAUGUAACUCUCCUAGAUGAGCAAUGUAAGAAGAACCCUGGGUUUGCUGCUGUUGUUCGAGACUUUGAGAUGAGCCCCCGCUGUGCUAGCUUGGCACUCAAGCACUAUUUGCUCAAGCCAGUUCAGAGGAUCCCCCAGUACAGGCUGCUUUUGACAGAUUAUUUAAAGAACCUUUUAGAAGAUUCAGCUGACUUCAGAGAUACUCAGGAUGCUCUUGCUGUUGUGAUAGAAGUGGCCAACCACGCCAAUGAUAUCAUGAAACAGGGAGAUAACUUUCAGAAGCUUAUGCAAAUACAGUACAGCUUAAAUGGCCAUAAUGAGAUUGUACAGCCAGGAAGGGUCUUUUUGAAAGAAGGAACACUGAUGAAACUGUCCAGGAAGGUUAUGCAGCCGCGAAUGUUUUUUUUGUUUAAUGAUGCUCUGUUGUAUACAACUCCUGUACAAUCUGGAAUGUAUAAACUCAACAACAUGCUGUCACUGGCUGGAAUGAAAGUUAGAAAGCCAACCCACGAAGCUUACCAGAAUGAACUGAACAUAGAAAGUGUAGAGCGAUCUUUCAUUCUGUCAGCAAGUUCUGCCACAGAAAGAGAUGAAUGGUUAGAAGCCAUCUCUAGAUCAAUUGAAGAAUAUACAAAGAAACGAAUCACUUUUAACCCCAGUAAAAGUCUGGAAGAGGCAGAUUCAGAAAAAGAGGCAGAAGAUAGCCCUAUAGGAUCAAAGGCUCCAAUCUGGAUUCCUGAUACUAGAGCUACUAUGUGUAUGAUCUGUACUAGUGAAUUCACUCUAACAUGGAGAAGGCACCACUGCAGAGCAUGUGGGAAGAUAAUCUGCCAAGCUUGUUCAUCAAAUAAGCAUGGGUUAGACUAUAUGAAACAUCACCCUGCAAGAGUAUGUGAUCAUUGCUUUAAAGAACUACAAAAACAGGAUAAAAUGGGAACUCCUCCUAAAAAUGGGUCUCCAGUAAAUCACAGAUCUCCAUCUAGUGCCUUGUCUACAGUGUUUCACAGUAUCCCAUCUGGAAGAAAGCAAAAAAAGAUCCCAGCUGCUCUCAAGGAAGUAUCUGCAAAUACAGAAGAUUCUUCAAUGAGUGGCUACUUAUACAGAUCAAAGGGCAGCAAAAAACCAUGGAAACAUCUGUGGUUUGUUAUAAAAAAUAAGGUGCUAUACACAUAUGCUGCUAGUGAGGAUGUAGCAGCUUUGGAGAGCCAGCCUUUAUUGGGAUUUACAGUUGCUGAAGUCAAAGAUGAACACGUGGAAUCUAAGGUUUUCCAUUUGUUUCACAAGAAUACAUUAUUUUACAUAUUCAAAGCAGAUGACUCCCAUUCAACACAAAAGUGGAUAGAAGCUUUUCAGGAAGCCACAAUAUUGUAGCAGGUUUGCUUUGUUUAAAGGAAAAAUGACAAAUGACAAAGUGAAUACUAUGGUUCCAUUUGUUGAAGAAUCAUCACAUUUUGAAACAUCAAUCUAAGAAAGCUGGCUUGUUCCUUGGCAUUAAGAGACCUUGUUUCUCUUCUUAUUCAAGCAUAAUCAUUUUUAAAGAAAUGUAUAUGCUUAUCUUUUUUGUCAUACAAAAAGUGUUAUUUAUUAAACUCAGCCAAUGUUUUACUUAA